GUUAUCUCAGCCUCUCAGUAUCAUGAGGUCUCUGAGUUCCACAACAAAACGUUAAACGUGGCGGUCGCAUUACCAACAAAACCUCCAAUCGAAACAAGACAAGAAGAGAUAAAAUGCCCACCACUUUAUACAUUUUCCACCACACACACUGCCAGGCACCAGCAGCAGUUUGGUCUUGACUCAUUUGCUUCUGAAACCCAACAACAAUGGCGGAGGUUGAAGAUGAGAAGAAGCAGCAGAUCAAGAGCAGUGGCAUAGUGGUGCCCAACCCAAUACCCAACAAGGGAUUUGCUUCAAAAUUCGUGGACUUGAUAGAGAAUCUGAUUGUGAAGUUGAUGUAUGAUUCUUCUCAGCCUCACCACUAUCUGGCUGGCAACUUCGCUCCUGUUCUUGAUGAAACUCCUCCCACCAACAACCUCCCUGUUAUAGGCUCUCUUCCUGAGUGCUUGAAUGGAGAGUUUGUCAGGGUGGGCCCCAACCCAAAGUUUGCCCCAGUUGCUGGAUAUCACUGGUUUGAUGGAGAUGGUAUGGUUCAUGGUAUGCGCAUCAAAGAUGGAAAAGCAACAUAUGUCUCCCGCUAUGUUAGGACAUCCCGUCUUAAGCAAGAAGAAUACUUUGGAGGUGCUAAAUUUAUGAAGAUUGGAGACCUUAAGGGGCUUUUUGGCUUACUCAUGGUUAACAUGCAAAUCCUGAGAGCAAAACUGAAAGUAUUAGAUAUGUCUUAUGGAAAUGGGACAGGUAAUACAGCUCUCAUAUAUCACCAUGGGAAGCUUCUAGCUCUUUCAGAGGCAGAUAAGCCUUAUGUCCUCAAAGUUCUGGAAGAUGGAGAUCUGCAAACAGUUGGCUUACUGGAUUAUGACAAGAGACUGACACAUUCCUUCACUGCUCAUCCAAAGGUUGACCCAUUCACUGGCGAGAUGUUUACAUUUGGCUAUUCACAUACUCCGCCAUAUAUCACUUAUAGAGUUAUUUCCAAGGAGGGUUUCAUGCAUGAUCCUAUACCCAUAACAGUAGCAGACCCCAUCAUGAUGCAUGAUUUUGCAAUUACUGAGAACUAUGCAAUUUUCAUGGAUCUCCCCUUGUACUUCAGACCAAAGGAAAUGGUGAAGGAAAAGAAGCUGAUAUUCACAUUUGAUCCAACAAAAAAAGCUCGCUUUGGUGUACUUCCACGGUAUGCAAAGGAUGAGUUGCUAAUCAGAUGGUUCGAGCUUCCAAAUUGCUUCAUUUUCCAUAAUGCUAAUGCUUGGGAGGAGGAGGACGAAAUUGUUUUAAUCACAUGCCGCCUUGAGAAUCUAGAUUUAGACAUGGUCAAUGGGUCUGUCAAAGAAAAGCUUGAAAACUUCAAAAAUGAGCUGUACGAGAUGAGAUUCAAUUUAAAAACUGGUCUAGCAUCCCAGAAGAAACUAUCAGAAUCAGCUGUGGAUUUUCCCAGGGUGAAUGAGAGCUACACUGGCAGGAAGCAGCGUUAUGUGUAUGGAACCUUACUGGACAGCAUUGCAAAGGUGACAGGGGUAGUGAAGUUUGACCUGCAUGCUGCACCAGAGCUUGGAAAAACAAAAAUUGAGGUUGGAGGAAACGUCCAAGGCCUCUAUGACCUGGGACCUGGCAGAUUUGGCUCUGAGGCUAUUUUUGUCCCUCGUGUUCCCGGAGUUACCUCUGAAGAAGAUGAUGGCUACUUAAUAUUCUUUGUACAUGACGAGAAAACUGGAAAAUCAUCAAUCCAUGUAAUUGAUGCAAAGACAAUGUCAUCUGACCCGGUCGCAGUUGUUGAAUUGCCACAUAGAGUUCCAUAUGGUUUCCAUGCCUUCUUCGUCACAGAGGAGCAAUUGCAAGAACAAGCAAAGCUCUAAUUGCUCGAUCAUUGAAAGAACCUGCAAGAGAAAGGCAGAGCUGUGUAAAUUGAACCUGUUGUGUAGAUGGUGUGCUUCACAUCUCCACCAAUAAUACAUGUAUACAAAGCAUUCCACUGUGCUUAAUUACUUGGACACAAAAAAGAACGCACAUCAAUGGGGUUUUAUAGUGCCCCUACCGUUUUCGCUUACACGACUUUGAAGGCAUUUUUAUUGAGCAAACCUUUCUUAAUAGCAAGGGAUUUGUUUUGUU